AUGUCUUUUUUAAAGCUUUUUACGAAAAAGAAAAAUGAAAUUUCAAAGAGACUUGAUGAGUUCAACUCGAUGGUAGCCGAUGAAAAAUACGAAAAAGAAGACAUGAUUGCUUCUGCUCAAAAUGAAAUAAAAAAACACAAGGCGAAGAUGAGCAACGAUAAUAAAGACGCAGCAAUCAUCGCCAGAGAUAUCAAAGACAUCACUAAUGAAAUUGAGUUCUUUGAGGAAAAAAUCGCUGAAGGAAAGCAAGCAAAAGCCUCCGCGGAAAUAGCUCUCAACGCGAAAACCAUUCAAAUUGCCGAAAAUGAUCGAAUCCUUGAGGAAUUAGAAGCGAAUCUCCAAAAACGAAAGGAAGAAAAGGUAAAGCUUGAUGACGAUAUGAUUGAACGAUUGAAAAAUCUGGAGGUGAAACAAAAAGAAAAUGAUGAUGUCCCGGAAUGCCCCGUAUGUUUCAAUGCUUACAAUGAUGGGGAGAACCAGCUCGCCUCGGCACGAUGCGGCCAUAUGUUCUGCAAUGCUUGCAUUCGAAAAUUAGUGCAGGAUGGGAAAAACUGCUCGAUGUGCGACAAGAAAAUUGAAGCUUGCGAUGUUCGACGACAUUUUAUGUUCACAUAA